AGAGUCUCACAAAAACCCUCCAAAACUACUUCAAGGAAAACGAUGUAAACAAUAUAACAACCCCCCUCCUAUGGGACGCAAUGAAAGCGGUCACCAGAGGAGCUUGCAUAAAAGAGAAAACAUUCCUUAAAAAACAAACCUCCUCAAAAAUUA